GUAUCAAGCAUGAUGGAACUAUGUGUGAUACUUGUCGACAGCAACCCAUCAUUGGUAUCCGAUGGAAAUGUGCUGAAUGUACAAAUUAUGACUUGUGCACAGUUUGCUAUCAUGGGGACAAACAUCACUUGAGGCAUCGUUUUUACAGAAUUACCACACCAGGAAGUGAAAGGGUAUUGUUGGAGUCUCGCCGUAAAUCAAAGAAAAUUACAGCAAGAGGAAUCUUUGCAGGUGCCAGGGUGGUGCGAGGAGUUGACUGGCAAUGGGAAGAUCAAGAUGGUGGCAAUGGGCGUAGAGGAAAGGUAACUGAAAUCCAGGAUUGGAGUGCGUCGAGUCCACAUAGCGCAGCAUAUGUUCUUUGGGACAAUGGUGCUAAAAACCUUUACAGAGUUGGCUUUGAGGGCAUGUCUGACCUGAAAUGUGUCCAAGAUGCAAAAGGAGGCUCUUUCUACAGGGACCAUUGUCCUGUGUUAGGUGAGCAAAACGGUAACAGAAACCCUGGUGGGCUGCAAAUAGGUGACCUUGUAAACAUUGACCUUGAUUUGGAAAUUGUACAGUCUUUGCAGCAUGGUCAUGGAGGAUGGACUGAUGGCAUGUUUGAAACUUUAACAACAACUGGAACAGUUUGUGGCAUUGAUGAGGAUCAUGACAUUGUGGUACAAUAUCCAAGUAGCAACAGGUGGACGUUUAAUCCAGCUGUUCUCACCAAAGCCAAUGUUGUUCGAAGUGGAGAUGCUGCUCAAGGUGCAGAAGGAGGUACCUCUCAAUUUCAAGUGGGUGACCUUGUUCAAGUAUGUUAUGACUUAGAGCGAAUCAAGCUCCUUCAGAGAGGUCAUGGAGAGUGGGCUGAAGCAAUGCUUCCAACUUUAGGUAAAGUUGGUCGGGUCCAGCAGAUCUAUUCAGACAGCGACUUAAAGGUAGAGGUUUGUGGGACAUCUUGGACAUAUAAUCCAGCAGCUGUCUCAAAGGUGGCAUCAGCAGGAUCUGCUAUAAGUAAUGCAUCUGGUGAGAGAUUGUCCCAGCUAUUGAAGAAAUUAUUUGAAACCCAAGAAUCUGGAGAUCUCAAUGAAGAAUUGGUUAAAGCUGCUGCCAAUGGAGAUGUUGCUAAAGUGGAAGACCUGCUAAAGAGACCAGACGUAGAUGUGAAUGGACAAUGCGCUGGACACACAGCUAUGCAAGCUGCUAGUCAGAAUGGCCAUGUCGACAUUUUGAAGUUGCUUCUGAAACAGAAUGUGGAUGUAGAAGCAGAGGACAAAGAUGGAGACAGGGCCGUCCAUCACGCAGCCUUUGGUGAUGAGGGUGCUGUGAUAGAGGUUUUGCACCGAGGCAGUGCAGAUUUGAAUGCUCGCAACAAACGCAGGCAGACUCCGCUUCAUAUUGCUGUCAACAAAGGUCAUCUGCAAGUUGUGAAGACUCUGCUGGACUUUGGCUGCCAUCCUAGUCUCCAGGAUUCUGAAGGCGACACUCCACUUCAUGAUGCAAUAAGUAAAAAGCGUGAUGACAUCCUUGCUGUAUUGUUAGAAGCGGGAGCAGAUGUUACUAUCACCAACAACAAUGGGUUUAAUGCUCUUCACCAUGCUGCACUAAGAGGAAACCCUAGUGCAAUGCGUGUAUUGUUGUCCAAGUUACCACGACCAUGGAUUGUUGAUGAGAAGAAAGAUGAUGGUUACACUGCCUUGCAUCUGGCAGCUCUCAAUAAUCAUGUGGAAGUGGCUGAACUUUUGGUGCAUCAGGGCAAUGCUAACCUGGAUAUCCAGAAUGUUAACCAGCAAACUGCUCUGCACCUUGCCGUUGAACGACAGCAUACACAAAUUGUUAGGCUCUUAGUCCGUGCAGGUGCUAAGCUGGAUAUUCAGGAUAAAGAUGGGGAUACUCCCCUGCAUGAAGCCCUGAGACACCACACCCUGUCACAGCUCCGCCAACUCCAAGACAUGCAAGAUGUGGGCAAGGUAGAUACUGCUUGGGAGCCAUCAAAGAACACAUUAAUAAUGGGACUUGGCACUCAGGGAGCAGAGAAGAAGAGUGCAGCAUCUAUUGCCUGCUUCCUGGCAGCCAACGGAGCUGACCUCAGCAUUCGUAAUAAGAAGGGUCAGUCUCCUCUCGACCUCUGCCCUGAUCCUAGUCUCUGCAAAGCAUUGGCUAAAUGUCACAAAGAAAAAGUCAGUGGUCAGGUUGGUUCCCGAAGUCCAUCUAUGAUCAACAAUGAUUCUGAAACCUUGGAAGAAUGCAUGGUGUGUUCAGACAUGAAGAGAGAUACUCUGUUUGGCCCAUGUGGACACAUUGCCACGUGUUCUCUUUGUUCACCACGGGUGAAAAAAUGCCUCAUCUGUAAAGAACAAGUUCAGUCUAGGACAAAGAUUGAAGAAUGUGUAGUAUGUUCAGACAAAAAGGCAGCAGUGCUUUUCCAGCCUUGUGGUCAUAUGUGUGCCUGUGAGAAUUGUGCAAGCUUGAUGAAGAAAUGUGUACAGUGUCGGGCAGUGGUUGAGCGAAGAGUGCCUUUCAUAAUGUGCUGCGGAGGGAAAGCAAGUGGAAACAUUCCAGUUUUGCAGAAAGACAAAGACAACACCAAUGUCAAUGCGGAUGUACAGAAGCUGCAGCAACAGUUACAAGACAUCAAGGAACAGACUAUGUGUCCUGUCUGUUUGGACCGUCUGAAGAAUAUGAUCUUUCUCUGUGGCCAUGGAACGUGUCAACUUUGUGGAGACCGAAUGAGUGAAUGCCCUAUAUGCCGCAAGGCAAUUGAACGAAGGAUCCUUUUGUAUUAAGUAGUGGAACCAGUGUCUUUUAUUAGUUUAUGAAAUAGUAAGGACAUUUCGAUGAUUUAAAUCUCUCUACGUUCGAAAGGCAGUAAAGGGUUCUAAUGAAAACAUUUCUAAUACUGUAGCACAGGUUCAUUACAUGGUAAUUGUUUAAAGACUGUGAACACACCAAAUAAGAGAACAGUAUUUGAACAGUCAGCUUUUAGCUUUACUCUUAAAAAACAUCUAAGCCUGAAGCAAAUUUAAACUAGUCGUCUCUUCAUUUUCUUUCUGUCUUCUUCUUCCCCUUAAAGUUUAAAGGGACAAUCUUAUUUUGGUUUCGUUCAUGUUUUUUAAUGUAUGUAUCAGGUGUCAAGUGAUAUAAGGGGUUUUUUUAUAU